AUGGCACGCGUCGACCCUUAUGCCGAUAUUGAAGAGGGAGAGAUCAUCGAGUCGCCCAAGGAGAUUCCGCAACAGCCAAGAGCCGACUCGACAUGGAGAAGAAGUGACAGACGGAUGAGUCCUGCACGAGAGGCAAAGCUACGAGCUGAGCCCUACCCUCCCUCUUAUACGAGAUCUCGAUCUCCGGGACCGGUACCCGAUCCAAAGGGCCAGGAACCUGAAAAUACUCCACAAACUGCACAGGAGUUGAAGAUCCAGCUGGAUCAGUUUAUUUUCAAAUGGAAUCAGAAGCAAAAGACAGCGAAGGAAAUCCCCAUGCGCGCAGACGGGUAUGCACGCGCCGUUGCGCGCCUUGAAAAGUUUCCCGUCUGGAGAAAGGUUGGAAACGGGACACUUGAGGACCCUGAGAUCUCGUGGAUAUCAGAACCUGACGACUCACCCCGAGGGCGAGUAGCUGGUAUCGAGAAGACAUGCCGCCAGGCAUGCUACAAGAUGGGAACAAGGAGGCUUUGGAUCCGCAAAUACGACCAUGGGACAACACGUACAAUCACCCGAACCGCAUAUGGACGGAUCCAAAAAACGAUCUCUGAAGACGAUCCACACAUCACCGUGUACAUGGGCGACAGCCUUCAUUACCUGUAUGAAGGCCAUGUCUACUGCUCUUACGACGACACGCGUCCCAAUAUUCCAUCUGGAUUGGCCAAGCCCGAGCAACGACGCUUCGCGAAGGACGGGAACACCGAUCCGAUCCCUGUUCUGAAUCGAACAGACCUUCGACAGAAGGCCUAUGAUACAGGUCUUCUGCGAGAUCCAUGGCGUAUGUCCACUACCUAUAAUAACAAAUAUACCCCUGAUGUGAGAGCCGUUGCUAACAAUGCCGCCCAUUCAGAUAAGUACGAUUCCUCUGCAGUCGCCUCUAACAGCAGGGGUUCAUGGCGACGACACACCUCGACCAACCAAACCAAUGCUGCUACUAGAGACUCAUGGCGCCGACCCAAUAAUGAACCUUCACUCAUUGAGAAACUGUGGGCAUAA